AUGGCAUCACCAAUUACUGAACUCACAAGGAAAAAUCAACGAUUUCACUGGGGACCUCAACAACAAGAAGCGUUCGAGACCAUCAAGACACAUCUGCUUCAAGAACCCGUCUUAACGUUUCCCAACUACGACAAGGACUUCCAUAUAUUCACAGAUAGUUCGACAGUGGCAAUAGCGGGAGCGCUGAUGCAGGUACACCUCAAUCAAAUCAAGAAAUAUGUUAACCUUGAGGGUCCUGCUCGCACCCUACCCGCCAUAACUGAAGAGGAGCAUAGCAACUUAAGAGAUGCACAUGAAGAACAGAUAAAUCUCCCAGGCUACUCAUAUGAAUCAUCUACGGUACCAGUAGACCAACAGAUUCCAUUACAACACAAGUACAAUCUGAGACCUAGAUAA